AUGUCUAAUUUUAGAGAUAGUUCUAGUCCUCGAAGAGGCUAUUCAGAAUUUGAUCCUGAAUCUGGUGAAGGUUUAGGAAGAAAGAAAUCCUUAAUUAGACCAGAAAGAUCAAGAAUGGAUGAAAACCAUCCCCGAUUCCAUUAUACUCAAGUUGCCAAUCAGGAAUCUAAUCAUAUUAAAGUACAACCAUCUUCAACUGGUGUUGAUCCUCGUAAAUCAAACGAAUUAUCAACAUCAAGAUCCCAUUUAAGUAAUUAUGCUACUCCAUCACAUCAAGAGGAAGAUGAAGACGAGGGGAUCCCCUUAAUGGAUAUACAUAAUGCUUCACCUAAUGUUAGUAGUGAUCAAAAUAAUGAUCUAAAAGGUGGACGUGAAGUUUAUGGGUUAAACGAUGAAAUUAACGAUUAUGGCAAUUCACCCAAGAAAAACCAAGUAAUUUCAUCAUCAAGACCAUUAAACAAGGAAAAACCAACUAAACCUAAACAUGACAUAUAUUUUUGGAAAGUUUAUUGUUAUGCUAUUACAUUUUGGGCUCCAGCUCCAUUAUUGAAAUUAUUUGGAUUACCAACAAAAGAUCGUCAAUUUGCCUGGAGAGAAAAAAUCGGAUUGAUUUCUUGUAUUCUUUAUAUUGGUGCAUUUGUUGCCUAUUUGACUUUUGGUUUCACUAAAACAGUUUGUUCGAGUCAAGUGGUUAGAACCCAAAUUAAUCAUGUUAAUGGUGGUUAUUUGAUUAUUAAUGGUAGAGCUUACGAUUUAACUUCGUCGCAACAUCCAAAAGCAGCUGGUAUACAAGCCGGUGCUAAUGUUUUAUACCCUCCGAUGAAUGCUGGUGGUAAAGAUGCAUCAUUUCUUUUCCAAAAUGUUAAUGGUAACUGUAAGGGGUUAAUCAAACCAAGAGAUAAUUGUUCUAUUCCAUACAAUGGUGAUGAAUUGGCUUGGUAUAUGCCAUGUCGUCUUUUCAACCAAGAUGGUUCAACUAAACCAAAUAAUACAUUUGCUUAUUAUAAAGGAUGGGCUUGUCAUACCAGUGAGACUGCUCGUGAUGCCUAUUAUAAAUUGAAAGUUAAUGGUGAUGUUUAUUUCACCUGGGAUGACGUUAAGAAUUCAUCAAGAAACUUGGUGGUGUACUCUGGGAAUGUGUUGGAUUUGGAUUUGAUAAAUUGGAUUGAAACUGACGAUGUUACUUAUCCCGAGUUGUUUGAUAAAUUAAGAGAUGAUGAAACUUAUCGUGGAUUGGAUAUAUCUUUGGUUUUGACAAAUUCUGAAGAACGACAGGCAGCUAGAUGUUUAACAGAAAUUAUCAAAGUUGGAUCUAUUGAUACUGAUACUAUUGGUUGUAUUGCAUCUCAAGUUGUGUUGUACGUGUCCUUGGUGUUCAUUUUAUCGGUUGUUGUCGUCAAAUUUAUUAUGGCAUGUUGGUUUAAAUGGGUCACUUCAAGAAAACAGGGGGCUACAAUGUACGAUUCAAAAGCUUGGGCGAAAAGAAAUAGAGAAAUCGAAGACUGGGUCGAUCAUGAUCAUGGUAUUGGUGCCGAAGUCAAAACCGUACCUGUGAAAGCUAGAGCUAAUUAUAAAGCUGCCAAAACCAAUAGACAAUCUGUUUUCCAUAGAGCCCAAAAAUUGUCUUUGGGACCAAAUGCUGAUUUAUCACAAUAUUAUGAUAAUCCUAAUGCUCUUUCCAAGACUUUUAAAUAUACCACCAUGUCCACUCAAGCAGCAUUAUUGGGACGCAAUGGAUACGGUAAACGUGGUAAUAAUGCCAAUAAAAGUGUUAGUGGUGGGUUCAAUGGCAGACAAUCCAAUCUUUAUUUGACUGAUCAAGGUUCAUCAACUGAUUUAUUGAACCGUCCAAUUUCUUCUUAUAAUCCAUUUGAUUCUAUGGGUGAUGAUUCCAUUGUCAUUAAUGGUUUAUCUCCAGAUAUUAUUCAUCCUGAUGUUGUUCCUCAACCACCAGUUGAAUAUCAACCUUUUGGAUAUCCAUUAGCUCAUACAAUUAAUUUGGUCACUUGUUAUUCUGAAGAUGAAGAUGGUAUUCGUAUUACUUUGGAUUCGAUUGCCACUACUGAUUUCCCUAAUUCUCAUAAAUUAAUCCUUGUUAUUUGUGAUGGUUUAAUUAAAGGUUCGGGUAAUGAUGAAACAACUCCCGAUAUUGUGUUGGAUAUGAUGUCAGACUUUACCGUGCCUAGAGAUGAAGUUGAAGCUUAUUCAUAUGUUGCAGUUGCCCAAGGUAGUAAGCGUCAUAAUAUGGCCAAAGUUUAUGCUGGGUUUUACAAGUAUAACGACGAAACAGUCCCACCAGAAAAGCAACAACGUAUUCCAAUGAUUACUAUUGUCAAAUGUGGUACCCCUGAGGAAGCCAGUGCUCCUAAACCAGGUAAUAGAGGUAAACGUGAUUCACAAAUCAUUUUAAUGUCAUUUUUACAAAAAGUUGUUUUUGAUGAAAGAAUGACUAGUUUAGAAUAUGAAAUGUUACAAAGUAUUUGGAGAGUCACUGGAUUAAUGGCAGAAUUUUAUGAAAUUGUGUUGAUGGUUGAUGCUGAUACUAAAGUUUUCCCAGAUUCAUUAACUCAUAUGGUUGCCGAAAUGGUUAAAGAUCCAACUAUUAUGGGAUUAUGUGGAGAAACAAAGAUUUCCAACAAGGCACAAACAUGGGUUACGGCAAUUCAAGUUUUCGAAUAUUAUAUUUCCCAUCAUCAAGCCAAGGCGUUUGAAUCGAUUUUCGGUGGGGUUACUUGUUUACCUGGUUGUUUCUGUAUGUAUAGAAUCAAGGCACCAAAGGGAUCUGAUGGAUAUUGGGUACCUAUUUUGGCUAACCCGGAUAUUGUCGAGAGAUAUUCAGAUAAUGUGGUUGAUACUUUACAUCGUAAGAAUUUGUUGUUAUUGGGUGAAGAUCGUUAUCUUUCCUCAUUGAUGUUGAGAACUUUCCCCAAGAGGAAACAGGUCUUUGUUCCUAAAGCUGCUUGUAAAACUGUUGUUCCCGAUAAAUUUAAAGUGUUAUUAUCACAACGUCGUCGUUGGAUUAAUUCUACUGUGCAUAAUUUGUUUGAAUUGGUUUUGGUUAAAGAUUUGUGUGGUACAUUUUGCUUUUCUAUGCAAUUUGUUAUUUUUAUUGAAUUGAUUGGUACUUUGGUGUUGCCAGCGGCCAUUACUUUUACUAUUUACGUGAUUAUUGUUGCUAUUGUAUCUAAACCAACUCCAGUUAUGUCGUUGGUUUUAUUGGCAGUUAUUUUUGGGUUACCUGGUUGUUUAAUUGUUAUUACUGUUUCAUCAUUGUCGUAUCUUGUUUAUUUUGUUAUUUAUCUUUUUGCAUUACCAAUUUGGAAUUUUGUGUUGCCAAGUUAUGCAUAUUGGAAAUUUGAUGAUUUCAGUUGGGGUGAAACAAGAACAGUUGCUGGUGGUGAUAAAGGAGAUCAUAGUGCUGUUGAAGGUAAAUUUGAUUCUUCAAAGAUUGCCAUGAAAAGAUGGAGAGAAUGGGAAAGAGAACGUAGAAAUACAGAAAACAGAAAACAACAACAGCAGCAACAAUUGACAAACAAUUCAAGUAAUAAUUUGGCUGUUCCUGGUGCUGCAUGGGAUCCAUCAAAUACAGGAGGAAAUUUGAUUGAUGAUUUAAGUCAAGGAUCAUCUUCGGGGUCUGGUUGA